AUGACGCGCGUACGUUAGUGAGUUUGGGUGACCAGCGACAGCGACAGAAGGAGUUUUUGGAGACCGAGGACAGCGGGAGACGUUUGGCUAUGAACUUGAAGCGGACCCGGGACCGGCUGUACAGCACUCGUUGCUGCGGCUGUUGCCAUGUGCGGACCGGAACCAUUAUCCUGGGCACUAAGUGCAUGGUGAUGAACUUGCUGAUGGGCAUCCUUCUGACGGUCAAAGUGACCCAUCCGGACACAGUGCCGACACUCGACAUCCAGUAUGAGGUCAUCGGAAGUGACUACUCCUCUGAGAGAGUGGCGGAGAACACCUGUGUCUUGUUUGCCAUAUGCCUCCUUAUGUUUGCCAUGAGUGCCAUGAUGGUCUACGGAGCCGUCACGCAUCGCGGAGGUUGGCUGAUUCCGUUCUUUUGCUACCAGCUGUUUGACUUCGCCCUGACCUGUCUGCUUGCAAUCAGCUCUCUUACAUAUCUGCCUGGAAUUAAAGAUUACCUGGAACAGCUGCCUGAUUUUCCUUACAAAGAUGACAUGCUGUCACUGGAUUCCAGCUCGCUCCUCUUCAUCGUACUGUUUGUGGGUACCUUCAUCAUCCUCUUAAAGGCCUAUCUGAUUAACUGCGUGUGGAACUGCUACAAAUACAUCAGCAAUAGAAACACCCCUGAGAUCGCCGUCUAUCCAGCGUUUGAAGCCCCUUCACAGUACAUUCUUCCAACGUACGAGAUGGCUGUUAAAAUGCCAGAGAAGGAGAAGGACCCUCCACCUCCCUACAUGCCUGCUUAGUUACUGAGGCUUGGAAGUUUGUUUUUCUUUUGUGUUUUUCCAUUUCUUCUUUGAUAAGUAUAUUACCUCUGUGUUUGUUUCACAUCUGAGAUAACAGAUUAAAAGAGGAAGAAAUAUUUUUAUGUACAUGUAA